AUGAGCAACAACACAAGCCAAAGUCCACAAAGACCAAACUCGCCCAGCGCUUGUCUCGACAUAACCGACGUGAUCAAUUAUCAACUCGCUUCAGCUACCAAAGUCGUAGACAAGUCAGGCAAACUUUUUGAGGACUGGACCGCCGAGAACGAUUGGAUGAAAGAUAUUGCAUAUGAGAUGCUUCAAGCGGAACUAGAACAUGCACAUGCUAUGCUGAAAAGCCAGGUUCAGGCUUUUCUUGAAAUGGGUGGAAAGGUUGAUGAGAAAAUUACUGUUGUUUGUGGCCGACUAGCCGCUUCGCGCGAUCUGUACGAGCUUCAAAAAAUCAGAAUGGGUAUGAAAACGUCGUUGGAGCGAAUGGAAAAUUCUUGA